AUGGGGGUGCGCACCACGUUCCGCCCCGCCGUGGCGGCGGCGGCGGCGGUGCUGCUGCUCCUGGCGGCAGCGGUGCCAGUGGCGGAGGGGAGGCUGACGGUGGACUACUACGCGCGGACGUGCCCGAAGGCGGCGGACAUCGUGGCGGAGACGGUGAUGAACAAACAGAUCGCCAGCCCGACGACGGCGGCGGGCACCAUCCGGCUCUUCUUCCACGACUGCUUCCUGGACGGGUGCGACGCCUCCGUGCUCGUCUCCUCCAACGCCUUCAACCGCGCCGAGCGCGACGCCGACAUCAACCUCUCCCUCCCCGGGGACGCCUUCGACGCCGUGGUGCGGGCGAAGACGGCCCUCGAGCUGGCCUGCCCGGGGAUCGUCUCCUGCUCCGACAUCCUCGCCCUCGCCGCCCGCGACCUGCUCUCCAUGCUCGGCGGUCCCUUCUACGCCGUUCGCCUCGGCCGCAAGGACAGCUUCGUCUCCCGCGCGGACGCCGUCGAGGGCCACCUCCCCCACUCCAACAGCUCCGUCUCCCAGCUGAUCGCCCUCUUCGCCGAGAGGGGCUUCUCCCCCAGGGACCUCGUGGCCCUCUCCGGCGCCCACACCGUCGGUUUCGCCCACUGCAAAGAGUUCGCCGGCCGGUUCGGCCCGCAGCCCGACCCCGCCGCCGACCCCCAGUUCGCGGAGACCAUGAGAAGGGCCUGCGCCGGCUACGCCGACCGCCCCACCAUCGCCGUCUUCAACGACGUGAUGACGCCGAACAAGUUCGACAACAUGUACUUCAGGAAUCUCCGGCGGGGGAUGGGCCUCCUCGCCACCGACCAGGCGCUGGCCGCGGACCGCCGCACCCGCCGCUACGUCCGGCUCUAUGCCGCCAACCAGACCGCCUUCUUCCAGGACUUCGUCCACGCCAUGGAGAAACUGAGCGUCUACGGCGUCAAGACCGGCCGCAAGGGCGAGGUCCGCCGUCGCUGCGACGAGUUCAACUCCCUCCUCGUCUGA